CAGGAACCGUGAGAUCAUGACCUGAGCGCAAAUCGGGAGUCAGAUCCUUAACCGGCUGAGCCACCCGACUGCCCCAAUCAUAUUCUAAUUAAGCAUGUACUUUCAGCACCUGUGUCAGUGGUCUCAAAGUGGAAUUCCUGGACCAGCAGUAUCAGCAUCACGUGAGAACUUACUAGAAACGUAUAGUCAUGAACUCCCUUCCCAUACCUUCUGAACCAGAAACUCUGGGUGUGCAGUUCAACAGUCACUCCCAAGUGACUCUGAUGCGUGACCCAUCCUGGGUGUGGGGGGUUCAGCUGGGGCAAACAAAAUCUCUGGCAGUUGUUUCACAGAGGUGGGGGUAAGAAGGCCAACUGUUUGAUUUAGUUCCUGUUUUUAGUUCUACUUCUCUGCCCUACAUACAUUGUCUCAUGCUUGUCUCCAAAUCCAGAUGCUCUCCCAAAUUUGCUGGGGAGUCCAGUUUCCAUCUGUGCUGCAGAUUCCGUUGUUGAGAAAAUAGCUUCCUUUACUAGUCAGUAACCUUUAUCGCUUAAAACUUUUUUUUUUUUUUUAACUGUAAGAUACAACUGCCAUGCAUCUGGAGCUCUUACUAGUUUGACCCCUUUUAAAAUUUCUGCUCAUGCUUAAUGGUUCUGUGGGUUACUGAAGCAGUGCAAAAGCAGGCCGUGAAGUGGGGCACAUUAUUACUCCUAACCCUGAGGGGAAAGCUUUUGGUUCCAUUCUGGGAUGGGGGACACGUCUUCCUUGGGUAGUCUUUCUUACUGCGUAUCCUUGUUCUGUGACACUGCUUACAUCCCGGGUAAGUUUCAUAGCCCUUUUUUCAGGAAUGGCGGUAACCGUGUUGCACUUGAGUGCAUGCCCCUUUUUAAAGGUACUGCUGCUGUCUGCUGUAGCCGGUUGUUACCAUGAAGAUAUUCUUGCCGGAUCUCAUUAAAAUAGGCUGCUAUCAAGGAAAAUAUACACUGCCUACUGAAUACAAAGGGACUGUCUUUGUUAUUCAUUAAGUGUUCUAAGAUUCUAAGAACUUGAACAACAAAAGGCAGAAAUCCAUGUUGUUCAUGUGUAUAAUCCUUUAUCUUUCACAAAAUGGUAAAUUAUGUCAGGACAAAUUGUAUUUAUUUUUUUCCUUUUCUCCACUUAUGCAAUAAAACAAAACAGCUAGGCUCUUACUAAUUAGAAUUCUGAAAACCCCCAUUUGCUACUCUAUGCAUACACUGUCUACUCUCCAUGGUGAGACUCAUUUCACUCCUAAUCAGGGCCUUUGGGAGCAUGGGUGCUGGUUGUGCAGAUAUCUGUAUAUCAUUUCAGGGGUCAGUGACAUUCAGAGAUGUGGCCAUAGACUUCUCCCAGGAGGAGUGGGAAUGGCUUCAGCCUACUCAAAGAGAUUUGUACAGACAUGUGAUGUUGGAGAACUACAGCCACCUGGUUUCGCUGGGUCUUAACAUUUCUAAGCCAUAUGUGGUUUCCUUAUUGGAGCAAGGGAAAGAGCCCUGGUUGGAGAAAAGAGGUGUGAGAAGAAAUCUGUUUUCAGAACCAAAUCGUGAGGUCAAAGAGUUUUCUCAAAAAAAUGUCAUUUAUGAAGAUGACUUACCCCAGUGUUUGGUAGUGGAAAGAAUUCUAAGCCACGGCCCUGAAUAUUCCAGUUUUAAAGGAGGCUGGAAAUUCGAGGAAGAUACUCAGAUGCAAGGAAAUCAGGGGUGUAUCCGGCAAGGAACAGUGUCUCAUCAGGGAGCCCUGUCUCAGCACACGAGUAUCAAUACCAUGGAGAGGCCCCAUGGAUGUCAUGAAUGUGGGAAGACUUUCAGUCGGCGCUUUUCCCUUGUGCUACAUCAGAGAACUCAUACUGGAGAGAAACCAUACGUAUGUAAGGAAUGUGGCAAAACCUUUAGCCAGAUCUCAAACCUUGUGAAACAUCAGAUGAUACAUACUGGAAAGAAACCCCAUGAGUGUAAGGACUGUAAUAAAACGUUCAGUUAUCUCUCAUUCCUCAUUGAACACCAGAGAACACAUACUGGGGAGAAACCCUAUGAAUGUACUGAAUGUGGAAAGGCCUUUAGCCGUGCCUCAAACCUCACUCGACAUCAGAGAAUUCAUAUAGGGAAGAAACAGUAUAUAUGUAGGAAAUGUGGGAAAGCCUUUAGCAGUGGCUCAGAACUCAUUCGCCAUCAGAUUACACAUACCGGAGAGAAACCUUAUGAAUGCAUUGAAUGUGGGAAGGCAUUUCGCCGUUCUUCACACCUUACUCGGCAUCAGAGCAUCCAUACUACCAAAACCCCCUAUGAAUGUAAUGAGUGUAGGAAAGCCUUCCGAUGCCACUCAUUCCUUAUUAAACAUCAGAGAAUUCAUGCUGGAGAAAAGCUCUAUGAAUGCGAUGACUGUGGUAAAGUUUUCACAUGGCAUGCAUCCCUUAUGCAACAUAUGAAAAUUCAUACUGGAGAAAAGCCCUAUGCGUGUACUGAAUGUGAUAAAACCUUUAGCCGGAGCUUUUCCCUCAUUCUACAUCAGAUAACUCACACUGGGGAGAAGCCCUAUGUAUGUAAGUUUUGCAAUAAGUCCUUCAGCUGGAGCUCAAACCUUGCCAAACAUCAGAGAACACACACUCUAGAGAACCCUUAUGAAUAUGAGAAUUCAUUUAAUUAUCACUCGUUCCUUACUGAACACAAAGAAAUUCACGCUAUAGAGAAAACAAAGCUCUCCUGUUCCCCCCGCCCCGCCAAGGAGGACUACUACCUUUCCUUCAGAUUCCGGCUGAUGGUCACCUGGGGACCUUUCUUGACUGCCUUAUCUAACACAGAGGUCAAUGCUGCCACUGCCACCAGCAAGACCAAGCAUACCGUGCCAUUUGUGGACUGGUGCCCUACUGGCUUCAAAGUUGGCAUUAAUUACCACCCUCCCACUGUGGUAUCUGGUAGAGACCUGGCCAAAGUACAGCGAACUGUGUGCACGGUGAGCAACACCACAGCCAUUGCUGAGGCCUGGGCUCACCUGGACCACAAGUUUGGCCUGAUGUAUGCCAAGCGUGCCUUUGUUCACUGGUAUGUGGGUGAGGGCAUGGAGGGAGGAGAGUGUUCUGAGGCCUACGAGGACUUGGCUGUCCUUGAGAGGGAUUAUGAGGAGGUUGGUGUGGAUUCUGUCGAAGGAGAGGCCCCCGGCUCCACCGCCGUCCUGGCACCGCGCGCGGCUCCGCGCCCUCCCACCCUCGUUUCCCCGCCCUCCGGCCGGGCGAGGCCCCGGCCGCUCACCGAGCCUGGAAGAGCGCGCGGCGCGGGAGCGGCCCCUCCCCACGUCGCCUCUCACAGGCCGCGCCUCCUCAGCUCCGCGCGCUCCCACGCGCUCCCCUGUCCUCGCGGUACCUGCUUCUCGGAGUCGGACCCGCCCGGCCGCCGCGAGAAGGGAGCGGAGAGCGCGCGCCGGGCGGACGGCGGCGUCUGGAGAGCAGCGAGCGGAGCUCCGGCGGCCGACGGCCCCAAGAAGCCGAGGGGCCGAGACUACAUUUCCCAAGAGCCCCCGCGCCGCGCCGCCCCUCCCUGCCCAGUGGAGGGAUUCUGGACUUCUGGUCAAGGCUGCCGCGCGUGCGUGCGUGGACGGGGGCGUGUGUGUGACGCCCGGGGCUGCGGAGUGUGCGUGAAGGGACGGGGGUCCCAGGGCGCGGCGGGCCGGGGGCGUGAGCGCGAGCCCGCGGCCGGCAGCGAGGAGCCCCGCGCGGAGAGCCGGCCGCCGCCCGGGCGGCCCGUGCGCGCCUCGCCGCGGUCGCGUCGCCUGCUCGCGGAGGCCUGGCUCGUCAUUGAUUCGCCGUGGCUGCUGCCAUUAAGCAUAUACUCCAUAUGCCCGAUUGAAAUGCUGUCCCUGUCAACGUCUUGCCUGUCUCUGGGCACUGGCCCUCAGCAAACCUUCCUCAUGUUUCUUUCUUUUUUCUACCUUCUCCUCCUCAGGAUCUUCAUUACUGAAAAAAGCCUCAUCAAGAACAAGGAGGGCAUGGAGACCAAGUUGUUAACGGCCCGGUCCCAUGCACUGGUGACCUUCAAGGAUGUACUUGUGAACUUCACCAGGGAGGAGUGGAAGCUGCUGGAUACUGCCCAGCAGAUCAUGUACAAAGAUGUGAUGCUGGAGAACUAUAAGAACCUGGUUUCCUUGGGGCAUCAGCUUCCCAAACCAGAUGUGAUCCUCCGGUUGGAGAAAGGGGAAGAGCCGUGGCUGGUGGAGAGAGGGACUCACCGGGAGACCCACCCAGAUUUGGACACUGCGGUUGAAAUUAAAUCAUCAGUGUCCAGUGAGAGCAUUUCUAAAGAUAAACAAUCCUAUGGCAUUAAAAUGGAAGGAAUCCCAAAGAACGAUCUCUGGUAUUUGUCAUUAGAAGAAGUCUGGAAGUGUGAAGACCAGUUGGACAAGUAUCAGGAAAAUCAGGAGAGACAUUUGAGGCAAGUGGCAUUCACCCAAAAGAAAGCACUUAAUCAGGAGAGAGUCUGUGAAAACAGUAAAUAUGGGGGAAAUUGUCUUCUUCCUGCUCAACUAGUGCUGAGGGAGUAUUUCCACAAACAUGACUCACAUACUAAAAGUUUAAAACAUAAUUUAGUUUUUAGUGGUCAUCAGGAAAGCUAUGCAAGUAAUAGUAGUGAAUGUGGUCAAACCUUCUGUCAAAAUAUUCAUCUUAUUCAGUUUGCAAGAACUCAACCAGGAGAUAAGUCUUACAAAUGCCCCGAUACUGUCAACUCUCUUACCGGUGGUACAUCCCUUGGUGUAUCGAAGGGCAUACAUAGGGAGAAACCAUAUGAAUGUAAGGAGUGUGGAAAAUUCUUUAGCUGGCGUUCUAAUCUUACCAGGCACCGGCUUAUUCAUACUGGAGAAAAACCCUAUGAAUGUAAAGAGUGUGGAAAGUCUUUCAGCCGGAGUUCUCACCUCAUUGGACAUCAGAAGACUCACACUGGUGAGGAACCCUAUGAAUGUAAAGAGUGUGGAAAGUCCUUCAGCUGGUUCUCUCACCUUGUGACCCACCAGAGAACUCACACAGGAGACAAGCUGUACACGUGCAGCCAGUGUGGGAAGUCAUUUGUUCACAGCUCCAGGCUCAUUAGGCACCAGAGAACUCAUACUGGAGAGAAACCUUAUGAAUGUCCUGAGUGUGGGAAGUCUUUCAGACAGAGCACACAUCUCAUUCUGCAUCAGAGAACUCAUGUCAGAGUGAGGCCCUACGAAUGUAACGAGUGUGGGAAGUCAUAUAGCCAGAGGUCUCACCUUGUGGUGCACCACAGGACUCACACAGGACUGAAGCCCUUUGAGUGUAAAGACUGUGGAAAAUGCUUCAGUAGAAGCUCUCACCUUUUCUCCCAUCAGAGGACGCACACUGGAGAGAAACCAUAUGAAUGCCACGACUGUGGGAAGUCCUUCAGCCAGAGUUCUGCCCUCAUCGUGCAUCAGAGAAUUCAUACUGGAGAGAAGCCAUAUGAAUGCUGCCAGUGUGGGAAAGCCUUCAUUCGGAAGAACGACCUUAUUAAGCAUCAGAGGGUUCAUGUUGGGGAAGAGACCUAUAAAUGUAAUCAGUGUGGGAUUAUCUUCAGCCAGAACUCUCCGUUGAUAGUACAUCAAAUAGCCCACACUGGAGAGCAGUUCUUAACUUGUAACCAAUGUGGGACAGCGCUUGUUAAUAGCCCUAACCUUAUUCGAUAUCAGACAAAUCAUAUUAGAGAGAAUACUUAUUAAUAUUACGAAUGUGGAAAGUUCUUUACAAAGAGCAAUAACUUGGUUUUACAUUAGAAACUCCUUCUGGAGGGAAGCAGUGUAGAUGUAAUCUGUGCAGAAAUGCUUUCAAUCUUGUCACUACCCUUUUGUGCACUAGAGAAUUGGUCCUAGAAGGAGAAAUAACCUACAGAUUUCAUUGUAGUACAAAAACACAUCAGCUUUUCUUUCCACAAGUUCCUAUAAAAGCAGUUGUCCUUGGAGCAUUCUUGACCGAGCCUUAAAAUGCUAGAAUCUGAGAAGGAACCAUUAAGUAGGUGGGAGAUUAUCCAGCUUCAUUGCCUUCUUCAAAAAGAUGUCAGUCAGAAUGCUACUUCAGAAAGAUAAGUCAAUGAGAGUUCCUAUUGCAAAGAAUAAAAAAUUGAUAGUUAUUGUAAAAAAGUGGAAAAUAAUAUUCCAGUGAAAUAACCUGCCAUAUUUUUACUUGAUUGUCCUUCUGGGACAGUUAGUAGUGUCUACUCUUUUAUGUGUCUGAUAUAAACCACAUUUUGGUUAGCAGGGAAAAUGCUUAUAAUGUAAAGCUGAAAAAGAACACAUUUACUAGUAAUGGUGCUUAUUUUAAGUAUAUUUGCAUGUGAGCAAGAAUCGAAAAACUCUGGAUAAUGAACAGAAUCGAUUUGUUAGGUGAUGGGAUUGAGUGAGUUUUAUAGUUUAUUCCAUGUUACUCCAAUAAUUAUUUGAAGAUAUUUUUAAACAUUAAAAAGGAUAUCCAGUUUCUCUAUUCUAUCAUCAAGGAUGCUUAAGGACCACCUGCUGGCAAGUUUCCUAUUCUACGUUGUUUGGGUCAUGGAGUUGUGCUCUUUGAGACCGUGUGCUGAAGGCUCCUGGGAAUUUAAACACAGGGUUUCUUUGGACUUUGAGACCUAGAAGAUUAGGUGUUUGAGCACAUGAGGGAGGGUCCCCUUUGAGUGGGAGCAGGUACCUGGGCCAUUCUUAGAGCAGCUAUGCUCAUGAAAUAAACAGCACUGCUCAAAGCCACCCUCCUUCCAAGGUAGUCUUUUAUCUUUAUAAAGGAAACUUAGUGGCUAAGUGCACAAGCUUGAGCUACACUACCCAAGUUGAAAUUCCACCUCUGUCCUUAACUUGCUGGGUGAACUUGGGCAUGCUGCCUAACAUCGGUGCCUCUUCUGUAAAUUAGGGACAUUACUUACCUUGUAGGACUGUGGUGAGUAUUAACUGAGUAAACAUAUAAACAGCUUAGAAUAGUGCCUGACGUAUAUUAAGUGCUUUAUUGUUGUUAGCUGUGGUAGCUGGUGUCACUGUUGUUGCCCCACCUCUGGUGUGCGUCAUUGAAUUAAACCUGCUUGCCAUCGAGCAAGAGCUCCUGGAGCUCUCACUUCCUUCCCAGCCACGUUUCCUUCUUACCUACAUCAGCACUUCUCAACCUGAGGAAAUCACUACCCGUAGUGGGUGUAACGACUCACUUCUGAGGAUCAGUAAACAACUUUUAAUAUUGUAUGCAAAAUCAUCUCGUUUGUACAGAAGUUUUCUCUUCUAGGGAGAGAAGCCUGAUCUUCAGAUUCUGUGGUAAGUUCAUGACCCAAAAAAGAUUCAGAAAGAGAACCUGUUUUAACUCUCUGUUUCAUUCUAUAAAUGGAUCUCUGUGAAGGACUAGCCAUUAUUUGCCAUUUUCUAGCAAACAAAAUAUAUUUUAGAUGCUUAAUGAUUGAUUGUUGAGUGAUAAGUAUUUUUGAGACCAGGAGGACAAAGAUCUUGAUGUCUCUCUCCCAGGAAAAAUCUAGAAAUGACUGUCAAGAGUCACGAGACUUCACAAGGAGCAGGAGACCAUCUAACAUGUAAUCUUCGUUCCAAUUUUAGUAUAUGUGCUGCUGAAGCGAGCACCUAAUGUGUAAUCUUCAUUGUACAGUUGAGAUCAAGUGAGUUGGCACUGGUCUCACAUUUUGAGUGAAGUCAGACCAAGAACUAGAUCCUGGGUUCUCAAUUAGUGCUGCGUUCUUCAGUGCAUAUAUGUAUCAUUCGCAUGUAUAAUGUACUCCUAUCAGAAAUCGUUUUCAUGGUAAGCAGUGGUUCUUAAUGGGAGUCGAAGAGUAGUCCCUUAACCGGGCCUCUUAGAGUUUCUGAUAACCUAUGGCUCAAUUUUCCUCAACUGUAUAAUGGAGUUAUUUCUAGUAUCUACCUCAGAGGGUUGUUGUGUGGAUUAAGUGAGAUAAUGUGUAUAAAGUAUUUAAAACAGUGCCUGGCCCACAAGUACUAAAUGUGUUAGCUACUACUACUGUUAUUAACACACCAAGGAAUGUAGGAAGAGAGAAAUGUCUAUGGAUGGUCACUAAAACAUUACUUACGAUAGUGCAAACUUUGCAAUAUAGAAAUGUAUAAUAGCAGAAUGGUUAUAGUGUAUCCGUGUCAUGGAGUAUUACACAGACAUUAAAAUUAAUGCAAACUGUUGACAAGAAAAAUGUUGAUGUUGUCAUGUGUUUUGAAAAAAGCAUGAUGAAUAGUUGUUAAUAUGGAGUAAACUGAAAUGUAUAAAAAUAAAUCAAUUGUAAAUAACUGAAAUGAA